AUGGCACCUAGCUUUGAUCAUCUCCCCGACCCAGAAGAUGAGGAUUGUGAUGAGGAUGAGGAGCUUGAUUUUUCUGAUCUCAAAGAGAGAUUCGAAGUACAAUUAGAGCAAGGACUUGACGCAUUUGUCGUGGUUGAUGGACUCCCGGAAGUAACUGCAGAGACUAAACCCAAGCUCAUCAAAUUUUUAAAGCGUAAACUAGACGUCAUUGGAAAAAUCAAAGAGGAAUCAAUUCACAUGCCGCUCGGAGAUGACGGAAAAUCAGAAAAGUUUGCAUUCGUCGAAUAUGCGACAGCAGCUGAGGCCCUUCUCGCGUGCAAGCAGCUUGAUGGUGUCCCUCUAGAUAAGAAACAUACUCUAAGAGUCAAUAAGUUGACAGACAUCGAACGUUAUGGACGUGAAGGUCGCAUUGAUGAGAAUUAUGUUCCUCCUAAGAUUGAGGAAUUUCAGGAAAAGGAUCAUCUACGAUCAUGGCUCGCAGACCCAAGCGGGCGAGGAAGAGAUCAGUUUGUUAUGUACAAGGAUGAUCAUGUGCAAGUCUUCUGGAACAAUGAAAAAGAUCCCCCCGAUAGUAUCGUUGACCGACAACAUUGGACAGAAUCCUUCGUUCAAUGGUCUCCUCAAGGAACUUAUCUAACUUCUAUGCAUCAACAAGGGGUUCAACUAUGGGGUGGACCAAAGUGGACGAGACAGAAAAGAUUUGCCCAUCCGUACGUCAAUUUAGUUGAUUUCUCUCCUGGAGAAAAAUAUCUAACCACCUGGUCAAACCGACCAAUUGUUAUUUCGGAAGAAGGCCACCCAUCGCUUUCGGUUGAUGACGACGGAAAGAACUAUGUGAUUUGGGACAUCGAAACAGGAAAGCCGCUUCGGUCAUUCGUAAAUCUAGAAUCUCCUAGCAGCGGUACAGAUGAAACUGGUCAACCUGCAAAAAGGAAAGUCGUUUGGCCUGCAUUUAAAUGGUCCGCUGACGACAGAUAUGUCGCUCGUCUAAACCAGGGAACCUCGAUCUUCGUCUACGAACUACCUGCCAUGAACGCACUUGACAAAAAGCCCCUCAAAAUCGAUGGAGUGAUGGACUUUGAAUGGGCUCCGGCCUCACCUCAUCGAGAUGGUGUUAAGACGUAUGAGCAACUAUUCUGUUUCUGGACACCUGAAAUUGGGAGCAACCCAGCCAAGGUUGGUCUUAUGAGUAUCCCGUCGAAGGAUAUUGUCAGAACGCUUAACCUCUUCAGUGUCGCAGACGCGAAAUUACACUGGCAAUCAAACGCAGACUACCUCUGUGUUAAGGUAGAUCGUCAUUCAAAGUCUAAGAAAUCUCUAGCUACCAGUCUAGAAAUCUUUCGCGUUCGAGAAAAGGAAGUACCGGUCGAGGUAGUUGAUACAAUCAAAGAUCCCGUUAUUAACUUUGCGUGGGAGCCAAAGGGGGAUCGUUUUGUCAUUAUCACAACCGCCGAGGCUAUUCUUCCAUCGGCUGUUCCGCCUAAAACAUCAGUCAGUUUUUACUGUCCUGAAAAAAUUAAGGGGGCUGGUGUAGGCAACUUUAAGCAUAUUCGGACUAACGAGAAAAAAAACAGUAAUGCUAUUUAUUGGUCCCCGAAAGGUCGGUUUGUUGUCGUUGCUACCGUUCAUUCCCAACAGAGUUAUGACAUGGAAUUCUACGACAUGGAUUUUGAGGGCGAGAAACUUGAAAGCGACAAAGAUCUCACUGCAAAUUUGCAACUCAUGAAUACUGCUGAUCACUAUGGCGUUACUGACAUUGACUGGGAUCCUACUGGACGAUACGUAGCUACGAGUGCUAGUAUGUGGAAGCAUACCAUGGAAAAUGGCUACCACCUAUAUGACUUUAAAGGUGAACAACUCCGUGAUGAGCCCGUAGAAAAAUUCAAGCAAUGGCUAUGGCGCCCACGCCCCGCUACGCUAUUAACCAAAGAAGAACAAAAGGCUAUCCGCAAGAAUCUACGGGAGUAUAGCAAAGUUUUCGAUCAAGAAGACGCUGAUCGUGGUGCCUCUGCUGACCUUGCUGUCGUCGAGCACCGCCGACGACUCCUAGACGAAUGGUUAUCGUGGCGGUCAGGAGUAGAGGAGGAUUCGCAAGAGGAACGAGCUAUGCGAGGCUUACCUUCCGAUCCAAUCGAAGGUCUUCUGGGUGCUGUAGACGGUGAGGAUCAAAUCAUCGAAGAGAUCGUUGAAGAAAUCGUGGAGGAAUAUGAAGAGAUAAUUGAUUAA